CCUCUGAAGCCCUGCACUGUCCCUGCCAAUGCGGCCCGCCCCGACCGCUUUGACUGGCUCAUCGCCUUCACCCCAGAAACAGAGGAGCUGAGGAAGAGCACCAGUGGGGUUAUCCCACCAAGGGCACCAUUGGGGUCAAAGGUCACAACCUUCAAAGAGCUGCGCAACCGAAGCAAGCAGAGCUCCCAGGCUGUUUAUGCUGAGCCAGAGCCAGACCUGAGCAUAGUAACACCAGACCCGGACUUCCUGUACAACUUGAAGUGGAGGAGGCAAAAGCAAGGCGGGGACGACACGCAGUGGGAAUACACCUCUCAGGCUGAGGCCUGCCUCCUGAUGCCGCCACCCACUCCCGCCUCACUGUCCCUCUUCAGGGAGAUGCGUCACCUGACCCUAGAGGGGGACGGCCAGGCAGAGCCCCACCCCUCGCAGCGGAUUGGCUGCUCCAUCAGUGCGGGGAACCUGUGGAAUAUGGGACGUGAACGGGAGGGGGAUGGGCAACAGAGGGAAGAAGAAGAUGAAGAGGAAGAGCAGGUGAGAGGAAGAGCAGAUGGAGGGAGAACCUUGGAAUCCAGAACUACAGCGGUUCGCAGUCUCUCAUUCGCUGGUUCCGUGCAAAGGGCUGGGGCCUGGAUGGGCGAUGAUGAUGAUGCAAGCUUUGCCUUGAAAGGUGUAGGCCUGUCCUCUCAAUGCCUGCAAGAGAAAAGAGCUCUGGUCAGUGCGGUCAGUUUGGCAGUGGAGGCCAUCUUGGCUCAGUUCAGCUCCUCCAGGACCUUGGUGCAGAAGUCCCUGUUGGUAGAUAAGGCACUCUCUGGGGAUAGUAGUAUAAACCCUGCUCUGGGCCGUCUGGUACUGCAGUGCCUUUGCCCAGCCCUCCGCACCCUGCUGUCCGAUGGACUCAAGCCCCACCAAAGUGACCUGAUUGCAGGCAGAAGGCCAAAUUCACCUUGGGGACUCGUGCAGGCCUCCACCAAGCCAGGCCCCAGUACUCAGGGCCUGCACAGUCUGCAGUGUAGAGUGGCCGAGCUGCCCCAGCUGAGGCAGAGUCGGCACAGGUUCAACUCCUUCCUGCUCGGCCUCCUCAACAUCAAACUGCUUGAUUACUGGAUCUCUCACCUGCAGACAUGUAGUGAUGUGUUGUUGACAUACUAUCGACCAAACUCCUUCAUGAGGUUGUCUCUCACUUCCUGUCAGCCUCUCUUUGAGGAGCUCCUCCUCCUGCUACAACCUCUGUCCCUCUUGACCUUUAAUCUUGACCUGCUGUUCCAACACCACCACCUUGACCCCGCCUCCCCUGCUGACACUCCAGCCAAUCACAGCCCAGACUUACACAGCCCACCCAAUCAAGACCUGGGCUUCAGGGUCUCUUCCCAGGGCUUGUUCCUGGGGCGUCGCCUGGAGAGUGUGUUAGAGCACGAUGUAGGAAGGCUAGAAUCCGACACAGCCAAUCAGAGCAAAGCUCUCUCAAGCUUGUCCAAGCCAUUGGCUGGAGGGGUAGUCCAGUCAGCCAGUCGUGGCCCUGUGCCUGUCUUGCCGUUUGCCAGUCACGGAGAGACGAGCCCUCAACUUCAGUGGGUACGGGAGAAAGGCAUAGCGCCACCUCUAGAUGACAGUGGGCACAACCUGUCCCAGCAGGCAGGGCAGGCCAUCCAGCAGGGCUGGGGGGCAGUGGUCCGCUGGGGGGAGCGCCUGGGACAGAAUCUGAGCUCUUUGGGCUCCUCCAACUCAGAGGCUUCUGAGGAUGUGACCACAGGGAUGUCCCCAGACACCCGCAGAGAGCCAGGCGUCCUCCGCUCCCACCCCCAGGAGGAGGUCUCUCCCUGGGCCAGCAGCGUGGCCGUGCCCUGGGGGCUGGAGAGGCUGUUUGGAGCCUCUAAGAGUCCCUCCAACCCUCCAUCACUUACCACACAGGCCAGGCGUCCGUCUCAGUGGUUGGCUCCCGGUGUGUCUGUCCUCACACGCAUGGUCAGCAGCCACCAGCCCGCUCUGCCCGACAGGAUCCAUGUGGAGACAAAGACAACGAACCCCGCUGAGAAGGAGAGACAAGAAACUCAAGACAAACCAAAAGGCACCAGGGCAGUGCGAACACUUUGUGACCAUUCAGGCUCAGGGGCGGAGCUGAGUUUCCAAAAGGGGGAGGAGCUCAUUGUACUUGGAAGCGUGGACCAAGAUUGGAUUCGUUGUCGUCAAGGAGAGAAGGAGGGGCUUGUGCCCAUUGGUUACGCCUCUCUCAUCUUGUGACCUCUUUAAUUAUCUUCUGAUCAAUUAAGGUCAAAAAGGUGAAGACCUGAAAAGAAAAAUAAAUAAUAAAGAGAAAAAGAAACGAAUAUGAAAUGUAGUAGAUUAGUAGCUUGUAGAUGUUUAAUGUUAAUCUCCUAUCCCAGUUGCCUGGUUCGUGAUAUGUAAGAUGUUUAUGCUAAUGUUGGCAUUUGGCUUAAAUAAGGUUGAAAACACAUACUGUAUAAAUUAUACAUAUACAUAUAUACUAUAUGAAUAUAGAUUGAUUUUCCAAGAUAGAUAGACGGAUAGAUAAACAAGAAAAACUAUUGUUAAACUAUUGGUAUGCAGUUAUUUAGUAAUAAUGUAAAAAUUUAAAACAUCCUUAGAAGAUACUGACACAUUGUAAGUCCCUAAAAACGACAAAAAAUAAUAAAGCUAGAUUUAAAAAAGGUUAUACAUAUACAAAAAAUACUUAUAAAGGAAGGUAUUUGGCAAAUGCACAAAUCACUACCAAUUUAGAUAUUAGCCAGUGAAUGCAACUUCAAAAUAUGCACAGAGUGAACAAAAUGCAAUGCACUUAACAGAUAAUAAUGGACAGACCCUUAGACGUCUGUCUGAGUACUUAGGGCAACUCUUUUCUGUCUCUCUUUUCUCUCUCUCUCUCUCUCUCUGAAAACAAAAAAAUCUCUCGCUUGUUCAAGUCCCUCUAAGGAAGCAACGUGUUUGUGACCCUAUUGUAUGCCUGGUAAUCUGUUUAAUCUGCCAAACCUCCCAAAUUAAUAAUUUAAAAAGUAUCUAAAUAAGUACCUAAAUACAACACACAAAUGCUAUGGCAAGUCAUUAUCUAAAUGUGUCUUCCCCAAAGCACCUCCAUUGCAUCAUAUUAUUUGUCAUUAUUGUUAUACUCAGUAGAAGUAGUACUACAGGAUGGUGGUGUGAUGGUGUGUCCUCAUGUUAAUCCUCAACAAUCUUUUAAUUAGUAUGAUUGUUCGAUAGCACUGUAGGCUUGAUAUUGAUGACUAUGCAUAUGCCGUACUGUACGAUACACAUGGCUUGGGUAGCCCUCUGUUUUCAUGUUUUGAUCAUUGUGAUUGACGUCUUUUAUUAGUUAAAUUCGUUAGUUUUUGAUAUUUUGGAUAAAGUGAUGAAGUCUGAAGCUGCAUGGCACACUAUCAGGUCCUGCCGUUCAUCAACCUUUGCACUGAGAAGAACAGGUUCAUUGGGAGAACCCUUGACUGUUCUGUUUGGAAUCUAUAUGGAUUGCACUUAAACCUUCUGGUGAAACAUUUGUAUCAAAAACAAUCUUUUUCAUAGCUUCUAAGCAGAACCUUUAUGGGUUCUUAGUAGAAAGUUGUAUCAGUUAUUCCAACUUAUCCUUAUUGAAUAACACCUAGAGGACUUUACUUAGAACCCCAUGCUGAAAGCUUCUUUGUAGAUCAUAUUUCAUCCAUAAACUUUGUAGUUAAGAACCCAUGACGCUGUAAGGGUUAUAGGUGCAGCUUUGAGAGGCCUUUGUGUGGAGUUGUGCCGAGCGUGGAACACACAUGCUCACCUCUACCAUGUAACAGCAUCAGCUGGAUCUGCGGACAACUGAUUUAAGCCAACCCCUGCAAAGCCCUCGUGCCACGCCAACUCCUCUCUCUCUAUCUCAAGCCUCCAUCGACCUGCUCUAAGUCUGCUGCUGAUGCACUCCUUUCUUUACCACAGCCUUGGUUUAUCAGGAAAGGUGUGUGAUGUGGAUUCAGUCCAUACUAAUUGGGGGGUAUCUGAGGCCCAGCUGAGCUCAGUGACCCCUCCAGGCUAGAUACUCCACAGUCAGGGAUGCAGCAGAGGGGAAGUCGGGUCGGGGACCCUGAAAGAUUCGGGGGGCCCUGCACUGGAUAGGGGCUCAGGGACGCCAGGCAGGCCGCAUAGAUUUUUGCGCUUUACUCGAGAAGUUGAGAUUUCUACAGGAUCACCAGGAUUAGCUAGCUAGCUAUGGCCCUGAUUACACUUGAUGUCAUAUAACCAAAGCAUGGUGCCAACAUGUCCAUACAGAAUUUUGUCUGCUUAUCUCCCAAAAAAUUAUAAUAAAUGACAAAUAAAUAAACAACAAGGAUAGAAGAAACAUAACGUUCUAGUAGCUACAUCAGGCACGGGUGUGAUUGAGUAUGUAACACUGUGUAUUUCUUAUUUGAAAUGUAUGCUUUUCAUUUGCAUUUCAGUGAAAGAAUUUACAAGACCUGACAAUUAGACAACAACUGUGUCAAGUACGCAUCAGAGUAAAUCCUGAGUUUCAGGAGCUGUAGUCUUCAUCCAGGAAGUGAGGAAGGAAAUGCAGAGGAAGGGUGCUGAGGAUCAGGGAAUACUUGGGUUCUUGUUUAAGGUGUUGAUUGUAUUCAGGAUAAUUUGAAAAGCCUGUACUGUUUUUCCUGUAACAGUAAUGGAUUUCAUACCAUCUUUACUGCUGUGGGAUAUUGCAACCUUUGGUGCAAGAUGAAAAACAUCAAUAUCAGGAAUCAAUGUUUUUUGGUUUGUUUCGAUGUUCUUUUUCAUCAGUACAUAAAUAUAGAUAUAUAUGGGGAUAUGGUAUUUAUUUAAUGGAAAAUGAAAUAUGUUUCAUAGUUGAUGUGUUACUAUUUCUGUAACUUGUGGAAGCCAUUUAGCUGUUUUCUCCCUGUUUCUCUUUUGUUUAUCUCUCUUUCUAUCUAUCUGGUGUUGUGUGUAUGUGUGAGUAAGUGUGUGUGCCUGUGUGUGUGUGUGUGUGUGUGUGUGUGUAUCAGUGGGUUGUGUAGCUCUUUAUGGUAUUGCCCGCUAGCAGCACACUAACACAUAUGUACUAAGUCCUUGCAAAGUCACUCAAGUCAGUCAAGCUCCUUGCAUGUGCUUGUUUGUAAAUAUAUCCAAUAAAGUAAUAAUCUAUA